AUGAGUUCUCCAAUUCCUGGGGCUCGUUAUAAAGACCCUUAUCUCAUUAAGCAAGGCCAACCAAAAGGAAAGUUAUAUCGUACUAAGAGAGCUAUAAUUCGCUUCGAACAAGUUGACGCGGAACUUCAAGCAAAUAUUCGUGAACUCAAAGCAGAAAACGCAAAACUCAAAGAGAAGUUAAUUCGCUUAAGAAAGCGUGCUGCUGAAACAGAUGAAAUAGAAGAUCAAUACGAACAGUUAUCACAAGUCAUAAUGGAAAGUCGAAUGACAGAACUCUCAUCUUUCAAAUAA